AUGGAGAUUCGCGAGGCGCGCGCGGGCGUGAUGUUCCGGGGCGAUGUGGGGAUGUGCUACAGGUCGUGUCUGUGGCUGCGGACAGCGAUCCGCAUCCGCCAGCGGCUUGCAAGCGGAUUUCUGCAAGGCGGACACGUGGGGGACGAGCUGUACCAGAUGACCAGGGAUCUGGUGCCGUGGGCCGACGUCCUGGGCGGCACCGACGCGACAUUCUCCGUCGAUGCGACCGCGGCGCGCAAUCCCGACGUGCGCAACACCACGAUAAUCAAAACCCGCGUUCGCGACGCCAUCUGCGAUGCUGUCCGGGACACCACGGGGCUGCGCCCUGCGCCCCCGACUGGCGUCGCGGACGUGCCGCUCCACGUCUCAGUGUACGGGCCAGAGGUCGUGUUCUGGAGAGACCUGUCGGGCACAUCCCUUCAUAAACGAGGGUACCGGUCUGUGGUGCACAAGGCGGCACUGAACGAAGUUGCCGCCGCCGGCAUCCUGCAGCUGGCGGGCUGGGAUGAGAUCUGCGCUCAGGCCGAUGACGCUGUGCUUGUCGACCCCAUGUGCGGUUCCGGCACGUUCCUGGUGGAGGCAGCGAUGAUGGCAGCUAGACAGCCACCUGGUCUGUGGAGGGCGGACUGGCCGUUUCUACGCUGGCCCGACGCCGACCAGGUCGUUUGGAGGGCGGAACUGGACCGCGCGAAGGAAUUGGCUCACGCAGGGAAGCGUGACUCGAGGCACGUCAUCGUUGGCUCGGAGAUCCACCCGGGCGCGGUUGCACUGGCGCGGGAGUGUGCCUCCCGUGCGGGCGCGGGCAAUGUCGCCAUUCGCCACGGAAACUGCGUGUCCUGGCGGCUGCCUCGCGCACCCGACGUGAUCGUCACGAACCCCCCCUGGGGCAGACGGCUGCACGACGAGCGUGGCGCGAGACGCGGUCACGAGGACGAGAACGAGGCGCUGGCGGGUGCAUGGAGGGACCUGGCGAGUUUCUUCAGGGAGCAGUGCGGCGGGAGCAGGGCGUACAUUCUGAGCGGCAACAAGGACGUCACGAGGCACCUGCGGAUGAAGGCUGCCCAGCGGCACCCGCUGACCCUUGGGUCUGUGGACUGCAGGUUGAUUGAGUACUACAUUUUGCCACCGAAGCGCGACUGA